AUGGCACCCCAACCUUCUGGCACACAGCGAACUCUGAACAACGUUUAUCUGGUCUUCUUCGCAAUACAUAUUCCGGUGAUACUAUUCGUCGACCUGGUUCGCUUUUAUCCAGAGGGAGCCGCUCCGAGCAUCAGCCUCACGAUACAAGACUACUACGUCAACAACUUUCACGAUAAGUUCUUUUCCGACGAAGCACCAUCAUGGUUCACAGCAUACCUCGUUCUUGAAGCCGUAUAUCAUCUGCCCGUCAGCGCAUGGAUGCUCAAUGCUCUCCUUGAAGACCACCCUCAACUGCCGCUGCAACUCUUGAUCUUCGCUAUGCAGACAGCUUUGACGACCUUCACUUGCCUGGUGGAAAUGUUAAGCUGGCCAGACUAUUCAAUCGAAGAACAAUUGAAGCUAUGCAGCCUAUAUGUUCCCUACCUCGCGCUCGCCGUCGUCAUGGGCAUUGACUCUUCCCUGAGGUUGAAGAGGAUCAUCGAAGCCAAGGCCAAAGCGAACUGA